GACCGUUCAUCCACCCUGGCCUAGCUAGUCGUAAUGCAUGUCGAUCCUUUUUUCAUUUCCUCCGCAAAGGUUUCCAUGAACUGGCCUAGGAUCUGGAUCAGUUGCCAGACCCGUAAGGAUUGGCUUCGAGGAUCGCAGCCUUACGUUUCUUGCGUGCCCCGGGCUACACCUAACCUCGAUUGGUGAUGUUGCAAAUCGCGAUCAGGCCAACGGCUAACCGAUGUCUCCCAAGCCAAAUACGGGUACAGGGCUGGUCCGUCACCCGCCGGCCGCCGCCUUGGGGAUGUCCCGCCGUGUCCAGGACACCGCAGUCGUGAGCCAGGCCGCAGAACUCGCUGCUCGUUCGUUGGUUCGGGAGAGCCUCGUGUUCGGAUGCGUGUUCGAAACGAGGACCUUCCCUGACCAAAUGCGCUGUCACAACAGAUGAGAUCAUCACAAGCCAUCUGGAGUGUAUCUUGGACUCGGACUGCAAGUUUCCCAACCGCCACGCACAGCGAACGUUUUGUCUGCCACCGAAUCCUGGUGCGUCGCCGCUUUUUCGACCCUCGCACUCCAGAAUAUCUUGCCUUGACGUACGUAGUCUCCCCUGCUCGCUUCCUGCCGACAGUUGCGCACCUUGCUCCGGGUUUGCCCCUUUCUUUCCUCUGCUCAACACCGCAUUCCAUACUCGUGGCUGCACAUCCAAGCAGGCAUAUCGCGCGUGUUGGACCACAUACAUGCUGCAUACCUUCGAGUACUUAACGCUCCGGAGAAUCCUCGAGAGGCUUCUUCGAUAAAUAUCCUACUCUCGCUUAAAAGUCACCCAUGUCGCAUCCUGACGAUCACUUUCAUAUUGGUUGCUUUGGACGACCCUCACGACGCAGCCCAAACGUUGCAGGCAACAACACUCCUAACCCGCACAACAGUAACAGCGCUCCGCGGCGAGGCGGUUUCUUUAAUAUGGGCCAGGGUGGGCGCACUAUCCUACCUCCUCUUCAUCUACCGUUUCGAACCUCACAUUCUCCAGCGCCUGACUCGUUCCCAACGAACCAAUUCGCGCAAGACCCGACACAAUCCAGAGGCGACUACGGCCUAGGACAGUACGGUCAGCAAGGAUGGCAGUCGAACCCGACCGCUACACAACACGCCCAGGCGAACCAAUUCGCGUCCGAUGCACGGUAUCAAGGGCAAACUCCCGGCUACCAGACAUAUCAAUCGCGGACGCCCUCGGCAUUCCCGCAAAACCCCCAGGAAUCGCGUACCCUCCCACCGCUCAGUGCUCAACAUGGGCAACUCUAUAGCCAGCCGGCUAUUCCCUCGCAAACUAUGGGGCAGGCUCCCCACAUACGAUCAACGUCCGCUGCCGGAUAUCCGGUACAGUACGGCUCGUAUCCCUCUGGGCAGAUUCCGCAACAGCAACCAUUCUACGCAUCAUCCGACCCAAGGAUGGCGUCUUCGCCUGUCUCUACAGCACCCUACGAUCCGUCGGGCGGAGCUGCACUCCCCCGCCGGUCCUCGAUGUCCGUUGACCGGACUGUCCCGUCACGGAUGUCAUCUACACAUGGUAUGGCCCCUUAUGCGCGGGCGCCGCCAUCACUGUCUUCGGAAUAUGACCGAGAAUCUGUGAACAUGGCCGAGCCGACGAUCAAGAAAAAGCGGAAGCGGGCAGACGCGGAACAGCUGAAAGUCCUUAACGAGACAUAUAACCGGACGGCGUUUCCAUCGACAGAGGAGCGCAUCGAGCUGGCCAAGAAGUUGGGGAUGUCCGCGAGGAGUGUGCAGAUCUGGUUCCAGAACAAAAGGCAAGCAAUGCGACAGAGCAGUCGCCAGGCAGCAAGCGCCGUGCCUCCUCCCGCCACAGAGCCAUUCACAGCAGGUCCCGCGCCCGGCGCAGGCUCGUCGGUCGCCGCGCCUACGCCACAAGCACUGUCAGGUGGUGGCGGCGCGUACGGGGGCGUGGGUUCCAUGAACUCGAUGGGCAUGGGUGGCCCCGGUUACACGACCGGUCAGCGCGACCAGUACGGUCGGCCCAUUCCCUCACCCCCUUCGUCCUCACAGUACCGAGGACGGAGCUACGACGAGCAUGAGCGCAGACCUGCAAGCCGUUCGCGGUAAUCAUAGUUAUCCAUCAGUAAUCGAUUCCCUGCUCGGCUCCUCGUGAGUGAGCACAUGAACUUUGCCAUUCGUUACCACCCUCUCUCUCGCCGAAGACCAAUUGGACCAUCUGCCCAGUCAGGAAGCACUGGGUACUAUCUCAUUUACCUUAUCGUCCUCAUCUAUUGGUCUCCUAUGUAUCUCAUUCACACACACCCACACUGGACUUCUCGCAUUGUAUUUGCAUCAAGUUAUUCUUUACUAUACUACCCACGCUCGUUUAUUUAGCUACUAGUACAUUAUCCCUAACUUGUUAUGUACCAGCUACAUUAUCACUCCUUUAUCGGCUGGCAACCUUGUAUCUAUUCCUUCCGCAUUUAUUCUCGAGUACCUUAUAUCACAUUCCAAUAGCCA